AGACACAUGGGGCAUCAGCCCUGAGCUUCAUACCAUGUUCAUGAACGAACGGGUAAAACACAUUAGGUAUUUCUGUUGAAGUAAAAGUCGGCACUAUUGGAAAAAAAGAAGAAAGAAAACAUGAUAACCAUAAGACGUCCAAAACCGCCGACAUUACAUUUUCCCAAAGCCCUGGUGGAUUCCCUUCAAAUUGCCCAUUUUUCCGACAAACCGCCCUAAACAUAAAUAUACGUACUUUACAGUGAUUUAAAGGAGCAAAACCUCACUUUGGAGAAGCUAGAAGAGCUAAUGCCUCGCCAAGGAAUUUGAACCCCCAAUGGCCAACCACUUGAAUUGCAGCCUACUCCUUAAUACAUAAAUGCUUAUUAAUGGAUUAACGUUUGUGCCAGCUCUUUUUCUUUCAAUCUAGUAAUUAUAUUGUUAUAGGAUGUUAUAUUAUAUUACUAUGUUGUAUAGGGAAUAGUUUGUGUUGAAACAGGGAGUCAUUUCACACAUAACCAUCUUUUGAAAUUGAAAAUGGACAAGAUCGUUUUAGGAUGUAUGAUAAAGACAAAGGUCUUCACAAAGUGGGUUCUGUUGAGGGUUAGUCAGCACCAAAUAACUGCUGUUGCAUUCGUCUGAAUGUGUUGAAAGCAUAAUGUCUUGUGGUUGCGACCGGUUGUCACAGCCGGUGUUUGCUUUGAGCUGUCAGAGGCAAAACACACCCCACUGAACACAGAGGGAAAGAGACCUGCUUCGACAUCACUGAUUAGGGUAGGGCCAGAGCUGCAACAGGCCUAACGUUUCCACCAGUAGAGAGCAGUAACAGUAACAUGAUACUGUGACAGGAACCCUUUUUUAUGAAUACGUUUUACUUUUGAUGUUUACGUAGCUUGUGUUUUACUGCAUACAUUUCUAUACUUUUACUUUAAAAAAAAGUGUGCGAUCAAUUUUUUGUUGUGUUUGUUUAAAGGAACUGAGGAAACUUUUGAGCUCGGCACGUUUCUAUUUGAUGCCCAUCCCUGUAUGGAACUGGGAAGUGAAAGUAACCCUAAUCACACCAAUUAUAUCACUCAAAUGUGACAGACAACAUAGAGUAACAUCGUGCUUCUUCAACUUCAAACUGUUUGGAUCCAUUCAACACAAUCCCCUCUGUCAUACUAAGAUUCAUAGGAAGCCGCACUGCUGCAUUCCCGCCCUCCCUUGACAUCAGGAGGAUCUUCACAGUCUGAGAGUAGCUGUCAGUUUGUCUGCCUGUUUCACACAAACAAGUCUCACCUUGAAGAAAGGGAGGCAGGAAAGGAUCCUUUGAGAAUGUCAAGCUCGCUGGUUGUGUGUGAAGUGGAUGAAAGUCUGAAAGCUAAACUGAGAAAGUUUAGAUUCCGUAAAGAGACCAACAAUGCUGCCAUACUAAUGAAAAUAGACAUGGAGAAACAGAUUGUUAUCCUAGAAGAGGAAUAUGAGGACAUCUCACUGGAUGAGUUGAGAGAUGAACUCCCAGAGCGGCAACCCAGGUUCAUGGUCUACAGCUACAAAUAUGUCCAUGCUGAUGGAAGGGUGUCUUACCCUCUGUGUUUCAUAUUCUCCAGUCCAAUGGGAUGUAAGCCGGAGCAACAGAUGAUGUAUGCAGGCAGCAAGAAUCGACUGGUGCAAGCUGCAGAGCUCACAAAGGUCUUUGAAACCAGAAAUACUGAUGACCUGACAGAAGAAUGGCUGAAGAACCAGUUGGGAUUCUUUGGCUGAAUAUGCAGGCGUAUCAGUUCAUUUUUGUGAAACAUGGCUGUUGAUUGUAGUUUUCAAUUUCUGUGCAUGUUAUUAAAUGAUUUACUCUAUGAAUGGAA